AUGGCGGUUAGCACCCUCGCCCGCAUGCUCAAGGGCCAGGUCCGAUGCUACUCCGCACCAUUGGAUAUGGCCAUUCCGGCCUCCAAGCAGCGCUAUAUCCCUACCACGGGCACUUACCCUCAGGGAUUCUUGGUCUCCGGUACCCACGUCGGUGUCAAGGCAUCCAACACCCGAUUCCCUGACCUUGCGCUCAUUGCGUCUGAGACGCCAUGCUCCGCGGCGGCCGUAUUCACCACAAACAAGUUCCAGGCUGCGCCAGUGCAGGUUAGCCGACAGACCUUGACUACUCGCAAGGGAGAGGGUAUCCGGGCUGUGGUCAUCAACUCUGGGUGUGCCAAUGCUGUUACAGGAAAGGGUGGACUGGAAGAUGCGGUCAAGAUGGGUCACACGGUGGACGAGUGCAGUGGAGCUGAGAAAGAUAGCUCCUUGGUGAUGAGCACUGGUGUUAUCGGCCAGCGAUUGCCCAUCAGCAAGAUCCUGGACCGCAUUCCCACUGCCUAUGCCAACCUCGCCUCGUCACACGAUGCCUGGCUGAGCACCGCUCGCGCCAUUUGCACCACCGAUACCUUCCCAAAGCUGAUCUCCCGCGAAUUCACUUUGCCCUCCUCCCCAGACCGCACCUACCGCCUCGCCGGAAUGACCAAGGGCGCCGGUAUGAUCCACCCCAACAUGGCUACCCUGCUCGGUGUUCUCUGCACAGAUGCCGCCGUUGAGCCCGCAGCUCUGCAGUCGAUCCUCAAACACUCCAUCUCCCGCUCCUUCAACUCGAUCUCCAUCGACGGUGACACCAGCACCAACGACACCAUCGCGGUCCUUGCCAACGGCGCUGCCGGCGGCGAGACCGUGCGCGCACCAUCGUCAGAGGCCAGCGCCGACUACGAGGCCCUGCAGACCGUGUUCACCGAUUUCGCCCAGCAGCUCUCUCAGCUUGUCGUCCGUGACGGUGAGGGCGCCACCAAGUUUGUGACUGUCCGUGUGCGCAACUCUUCCGACUACGAGUCUGCGCGCCAGAUUGCUUCCACCAUUGCCCGCUCUCCCCUUGUUAAGACUGCGCUUUACGGCCGUGAUGCUAACUGGGGUCGCAUUCUCUGUGCUGUGGGUUACACCCAGGGUGUGGCUGAUGGUGUAGUUGUUCCUGAGCGUACCUCUGUGAGCUUCCGUCCUGUGGAUGGUAGCCCUAUUCUUAAGUUGCUGGUCAACGGUGAGCCUGAGACUGUGGAUGAGGAGCGUGCUAGUGCUAUCCUACAGAAUGAGGACUUGGAGAUUGAGAUCGACCUCGGUGGUGGCGAGAAGGGUGCUGCUGGAUGCGGUGGAGAGGAUGCUGUCUACUGGUUCUGUGAUUUCAGCCACGAGUAUGUCACCAUCAACGGUGAUUACCGAACCUAA